AUGAGCAUCCGCAGCCCUCCCACCGUCAUAUCGCUCCUCUCAUCCCCCUCGCCACCUUACGGACGCCCCUCUGACGCAGAGCCGUCCGCCAACGCCAGCGCCACCACGUCCAGCUCAACAACGAACACCGCCCCACGGCGCCCCGUCAACUUCCUCGCCGCUCCACCGCAACCACCUCCGCCGCGUUCUGCUCUCAAACGGCCCAGAUCUCCCACCAUCCCGACAUCGGCGCCCAGCAAGCUCCAGAAGAGCAAGGACGACUCGGCCGCGCCACGCUUCCAACCCAGACUCAGCACCAACUCCUGGCAGCGAUCGCGCUCCCACCAGGUCGUCGGUCUCUCGGACGACCCGCCACAGCGGCGCACCAUCCUCGGCCUCUUUCCACGAGAGCUUGUCUUUGUCAUCCUCGCCCACCUCUCCUUUGGCGACAUCCGCUCCCUGCUCAAGGCCGACAGGAGGCUGCGACCGUUUGUCCACCUGCGCUCCUUUGCCGUCUUCCGCAAGCAGCUCGCCCACUUCCAGUACCACGAGCGCAGGUUCAACGAGCUCGUCAAACGCAAGGGCGAUGCCGUCUACCAGUCCCAGUCGCAAGCCGACUCCGGCGCCGAUCCUUUCGGCGAGCCCAUGCCCUCGAUCGAAGGCGCGUCGAUCGCUGGCAGCAGCAGCGGCAGCAGCGGUGGACCCGAGCAGGCGGGUAAGGAGGUCGAGUCCGCCUUCCUUGAAGCCUACAUCGAGGCGCUCCAGGCCUUGGGCAAGGAACGGCCACCAUGGUCACCGUCGGAACUCGUCGCCAUCGUCGGGAGGUCUUUCCCCGGCCCGAGGUUGGGGGCCCGACUGCAGCAGUUCGUGACGGACCUCCUGCUGGGCGAGGUGCAGGCGUCGCAGGCGUUUGAGGUGGUCGACGGCCCGACGGCAGUCGAGCUGCUGUGCCUCAUACGACUCUUCUGCGGCCUCCUCCGCAUCUCGCGCGGCUUCGCAAAGGAAGGCACCACCCAGUCGGAAGCGUCGCAGACGGCCCACUACAUCGACGCCGACUGCCGCGACGCCGUCCGCGGCUUCUUUCAACCGCGGCAUCGACGCCUGAGCGGUGGCGGUGCGUUCCAGCUGACCGACGAGCAGAGCCGCUUCGUCAAUCGCGACGUCCGCGUCGGCGACCUGAUCAAGGUCCAGGCCUUCGCCGGCACGGGCAAGACCCGCUCGUUGGUGGCCUACGCCACCGCCCGGCCCCACCAGCGCUUCCUCUACAUCGCCUUCAACACCCACGCCGCCGCCGACGCGCGCUACCGCUUCCCCUCCAACGUCGACUGCCGCACCAUGCACUCGGUCUGCCUCGCCCAGUUCCAGCCCGCGCAGAACCAGAAGCUCGCCUCGAUCAAGCCAAAGGACGUCGUUUCGCUUUUUGAGCAGGAGCUGCCGCGUGGCCAGAAGACGGUCCGUCCGAGCAGCAUGCUCGACUCGUCGACCCAGCAGCAGGAUCCCAAGCUCACCGACACCGCCGUCGCAUCGUACGUGCUGCGCACCCUGAACCAGUUCAUGUACUCCGACGACCGCACCUUCGACGUCGCCAAGCACGUGCCCAAGCAGAUGCAGCGCGAGACGGACCUGCCUCCCGGCCGCGUGCUGCGCCUGGCCGAGCGGCUGUGGGAGGCGGUGCGCAAGGGCAAGACCGAGCAGGGCCGGCCUGUCCACUGCCCGCACGACGCCUACGUCAAGAUGCUCCAGCUCACGCCGCCGAGCCCGCCGAGCGCCUUCUUCGCAAAGUACGACGUCCUCCUCUUGGACGAGGCGCAGGACCUGUCGGCGGCCCAGGUCAGCAUCCUGCUGCGCGCGCGGCGGACCUGCGGCAUCCUCGUCGUCGGCGACGCCCACCAGAAGAUCUACGGCUUCCGCGGCGGCACGGCGAGGGCGUUCAACGACCAACUCUAUGCGCCCACCGCCACCUUCCAGCUGACUCAGAGUUUCCGCUUCGGCGACUCGGUGGCCAAGGUGGCGAGCAAGAUCCUCGGCCUCAAGGCGCCCGCGCCGUGGCAGGCGCGCCCCGACCGCCCUUGGCUGUCCGGCGUCAAGGGCGACGGCGACCGGGUCUACGUGCUGCGUGCCGCACAUUCGCCCGAUGCCGGGUCGGCGGCGGCGGCGGCAGCAGCAGCAGCAGGGAUGUCGGGCCAGGCGCAAGCGACCAGGGCGCCGCAACAGGUGCUUCGCCACACCAAGAUCUUCCGCAGCAACAAAUGCCUCGUCGAGACGGCGCUCGUGUACGGCGUGCUGCUCGAGGAGCCGCACCGGAUCUACCUCAAGACGAGCCAGAAGCUCAGCCAGUCGUCGGUCGUGGCGCUUCUGCGCGAUGGCUACAUCCUCUACAACGGCCGCGGCGGUCCGAUGUCGUCUGGCUCGAUCCUGCGCGAGUUUUCCGGCUGGAAGGAGCUGGUGCAGCGCGUCGAGGCCGAGGACCAGGGCGGCGACGGGAUGCUGGCGCUGGUGGCGUCGCUCGAGGACCUCUUCCGGUGCGACGACUUCCUCGACCGCCUCGACUCGCUCAAGUCGCGCUUCAGCGCCACGGAAAAGGACGCCAGCAUCGUGCUGACGACGUGCCACCAGUCCAAGGGCCUCGAGUGGGACCGCGUCGUGGUGGCCGACGACUUCCGGCCUUCGUACCUGGCGGGCAAAGGGCGGCUGCAGGUCGACUCGCUCUGGCUGCAGGACGAGGUCAACCUGAUGUACGUCGCCAUCACGCGCGCCAAGCGCGAGCUCAUCGUCUCGGGCGCCAUCCGCGAGUGGCUGGCGGCCAUCGACGGCCUGUGCAUGCUCAAGGCCGAACGCAUGGACGGCCUGACGUGCCUGGCGUGCGGCAAGGAGGGGCAGAUGGGCGUGGUGCGCGUUUUUCGGCUGGGCGAGCAUGACUUUGUCUUGCGGCCCAGCGGCGGCGGCGGCGGCCGCGACGCGGACGGCGAAAUCGGGCCCAACGCCGCUCCUCGCCGUCCCGAUGGUAUGGUCGCGGCAGACGACGGUGACGACGACAGCGACAGCGACGAUCGUGGUCCGGCGCCGCCGUACAAGAAGGCCGUGGGCUGCUUUGCCUGUCUUGACGCGCAUCGGAUGGAACUCGACGAGGAUGUGGUCCAGUUCCUCGAUCUCUACCGGCAGACGCAGCACAAGGCAGCGACGGCGGCGGCGGCUGCAGAACGAGCCUCGUCGUCGAGGGCAGGCGAACAAACCACUUCGAGGACCGCCAGCACCAGCAGCAGCAACGGCGGCGGCGGUACCACGGGUGCGACUACCAGAGCGAUCACGGCCAUACCGCCUCCGGCCGCACCGGCGCAGGCUACCACCAUCGUGGACCGGACAAAGGUGCCGCUCCUGGUGCACCCGCAGCGCCAGGCCAAUUGGGACCGCAUCCAGGUCGAGACGGUCAAUACGGUGCUGCGGUGGUGCUGCCUCGAGCGCUACCCGGGUCUCUUGCCCGAUCCGUACCGCCUCGACGAUCCCCGAGCAGAUCGCGGGGGGCGCGAGUAG